AUGGGGAUCCAUGACGAUUGGCCGACGGGGAUCCAUGACGAUUGGCCGACGGGGAUCCGCACCGAGGCACGCCGCCAUCGCCGAGCCAGAUACAAAGAGGACGAGAGAUUAGCAUUGAUCCUCGUGCACCGGUACGAAAUCUAUUCAAAAGCAAUGAAGACGUCGGUGGUGUUCAUCCACCCAGAACUGCCGAGAGGUACGGUGCACGCCGGCGGCGUUCAUCCAUCUAGGAUCAGCGGGAGGUGCACACCACUCCCGGAAGCUACACCGAGGGUGGAAUCGGACUGUGCCGCAGUUGUCGCGGCUGUAAAUGCAAAAGAAAGGAACAAUGCAAAGUGGUGGACUGCUUAUGAGGAAGCAAAGUUGUGUAUGCGUGAAUUCAGUUUGUGCAAGAAGCCUAAGGCGGCUGCGGCCGCCGAGGAGGGGGAGGGGUCCAAGGCCAAGAAGCCUAAGGCGGCUGCGGCCGCCGAGGAGGGGGAGGGGGCCAAGGCCAAGAAGCCUAAGGCGGCGGGCGCGCCGGUGGCGGCGAUGGCGGAGGCGGAGGUGGAGGAGCUGCCCAAGGCCAUCGUGCGGCGGCUGGUCAAGGACAAGCUCGCCCGGGCCGCGUCCGGCGGCGAGGGGGCAGAGGGAGGGGCCGAGGUCAUCGUCAACAAGGACGCCAUGGCCGCCUUCGCCGAGGGCGCCCGCAUCUUCAUCCACUACCUCUCCGCCACGGCGAAUGAUGUGUGCAAGGACGGAAAGAGGCAGACGAUCAACGCCGAGGACGUCUUCAAGGCGCUUGAUGAGAUCGAGUUCCCCGAGUUUGUGGAGCCCCUGAGGACUGCACUGGAAGAGUUCAGAAGCAGAAACGCAGCCCGGAAGCCAGCAUCAGGCAAGAAGCAAUCUGAAAAGAAGAGGAAAUUGGAUAAAGAGGCAGUGCCCGAAGAGCAAAACGGUGCAGCCGAUGAAGCCAACGCGGACAAGGAUGAGUUUUUCUGACCUUAUGAUAGGCUGAAUCUGAGUCACAUUAGCGGGUGUGCUUUCUUAGCAGUAUGCCCCUUGUGCUCUGUUUCGCGGUGUCUCUAGAUGCAGAACUGUCGUGUACUUGGUAUCAUGAUGUAUGGCUUUGUUUCUGUUCCAAACAUUGUCAGCUAUGCUAGCUAGGUCAAAUUGUGAACCUCGUCUUCGUGCUAUUUAAAUUAACACCUGUGGUGAAAUAUGUUUUGGGGUUAAUGGUAGACAUGAAUAAGUUGUGGAA